AUGUUGCCAUCAGUUGUAUCACAGCGAGCUCACCAAAUGUGGCUUGUGGUUGCUCUCUUGAGUGGCAUCAACCUGGUGGAGUCCAACACUGUGAAGGUGUUGAUGCUACACAACUCUGCCCAGAGCAACGCAGGUUGGAAAGAAGGCUUCUAUGACUUUUUCGUGCCGCAGAUAAACGCACAAGGUUUCACCAUAGCGGGUGGGACCCAGCAGUACACCCUGGACGUGACACUCUGCGAGGAGGAUCUCUCAGUGGACCCCUUGCCGAAGGUCACCGCUUGCGUCGAUCGAGCGGAGAGUGAAGGUGUCGAUGCGAUCGUGGUCGGAACCUCGAGCUCCAACGACGACAUUAAGACCGCUGCAGAGGCGUACUCAAUUCCCAAUUUGCACUGUUCAGGUGGGAACCCCAUGUCUUGGACCGCGGCGACACCGCAUGCCUUCGGCCUGCAUCUGCCAUUUCCCUGGUAUUCCAGAGGUCCGAUCCGGCAGGCUGCGCUCUUGGAGCUCAAGACGGUUGUCGUGAUCCGGAACUACGACUGGGGGUUUCCGCGCAUCUCCGCGGUCGCCGCAAUGGAGUGGAGCCUUGAAAGCUCUCUGCAGGUCAUUGGGCCGACGGCGGCCUGGUGUGAGAGGUGGGCCGACAAGACGACAACCUGCGCCUUGCAGAAUGGCAACUGCCGAUGUGGAACCCAGUCGGAAUUUGACAACAUGGGGUACAAGUACAACGUUGCAGAUAUGCCAAGCUUCUACGAGGUCUCUGAGGCUCUGGUUGUAGAGACCGGUUUUGACACGCGCGGGUCCGGCAUUUCUCCGGCUUUGGUCCAGUUUGUAGAGGGGAUCAUCGAGGACGUUCGGUCGCAAGGGGCAGAUCCUGACAUGGUCGUGAAUUGGCUUGCUGCCGCCCGCAGUGGCUUGAUGGCCAUGAUGAAUCAGAAGUUCGGCUACCGAAUGUAUUUCGGAGGGCCCAACUAUCCCGGAACUGCUUGGAACGGUUACGAGUCUUACUGGAGCAACGGUUCCGUUGCUCUUGGAAAAGACGAAGCUUUGUACAACAUUGGGGGAGGUCAGUGGCACCACGAAAUGGGCUUUUCCGAUCCCAUCUUCGGCUCUAGCCAGCAGAUGAACGGGGUGUUCUUCCAGCAAUUUGGCAAGUACCCGGGCUAUGAUGCGGCGGCCUGUAUGGCCGCGGGCAUCUCUAUCACCUUUGGCCUUUCGAAGUACGGCCAAGCAUUGGAUGGCCUCACUUUGGCCCAGCGUCGUGAGGAAAUCCGCAUGUCCGUGGGCACACUGAACGACGAGACCUUGUACGGACAGAUCCGCUUCAACCGCUUCAACCAGAACAAUGGCCGCAUGAGUGUGAACUGGCAAAUCCUGGAGGAUGGCGGCACCAGGCCCGUGCUGCCGCCGGAGGCGGCAGCGACGCCUUUCCGCUUCCCGAGCCCCAGCUGGGAUGCGCGGCUGGGCUGCCCAGCCGGCACCUACGCCGGUGGCACUGCAACCCUUGACGUUCCCACCGAGUGCGUCCGCUGCCCUGAGGGCAGAUUCCGCAACUCCGCAAGCCAAGGGCUGAACUUUUCGCAGUGCGAGCAGUGCUCCGCGGGCCUGGGGACCAUGCCCGGCGUGACCGGGUCGACUGAGUGCGGCACUUGCCCCGCGGGCCGCUACCAGAACGGGGAGUCCGAUCGGGGAGUUUGCAACCAGUGCCCUCUGGGUACUGCGAGGGACGGCAACAGCACGGCAGGGUGCAGUUUGUGCGAGUCAGAAACUUAUGCCGACCAAAGAGGUUUGGAAGUGUGCAAGCCUUGCCCAUCCCGUAGUUCGCAAUCAGAUGUGGGACAGACUUUCUGCAUUUGUGACGUGGGUGCCUACAAAGAUCCGGAGGACGUAACCCCCGUAGGCACUGUUCGAAGCUGCUUAGCAUGCGAUCUCAUCCUCCCGGGCAGCACGACCCUGUAUCCCAGCUCCAAGCACAGUCACGAGUGCGUUUGCCCUCCUGAUACCUUUUGGCACCGGAGUUCUGCAACGACGAAUGUGGCGGAAUGCAAGCCGUGCGGGCUGGGCCUCAACUGCAAGGGAGGACGCAUGACGAGCGGUGGCCGCCGACUAAAUGCAAGCAUUGCCCCUCACCAUCCUCCUCUGCAGGCUAAGGGGUACUCUGCUGGAGCCCCAGCCUACGAAGGUGCUGAUCCAUCUUACAUCGUGGAGUGUAGCAGCAGCGUCCGCUGCCCUGGGGACAUGCCGCUUGGUGAAUGCCCUGGUGCCAACGAAGGUGUAGCCUGCCUCACCUGUCUUCCAGACAACUAUGACGACGGCUCGACCUGCGUGACCUGCUCGGGUGGCGGCUUUACCAUUUGGCCAUUGUUUGUGGCCUUGUUUGCCGGGUUGGUAUUGGUGCUCGUCCUCUACAAGUUUGCAACGAAAGUUGACAAGCCUCACAGAGACUCGUUGAUGACUGUGACGAUUGGAGCUGGGCUUGCCAUUGCCACCGUUCAGACUUUGUCUGCAUUUUCCAAGGUCGAGGUGCAGUGGGUCGAGCCAUUGAAGACACUCCGUGGGUUCCUUUCCUUCCUGACCUUUGACAUCGGCAUCCUCCGUCCGGGUUGCUGGUUCGGGAACGUUGACCCUCUGCAGAACUACAUUGGAUCUUUGAUCAUGUACCCCAUGGGGGCCGGUUCGGUGAUGUUGGCCUUUGCCAUUGCGAAGUACUUGCUCAAAAAGGAAAUAACUUUAAACCAGGUUAUCAAUGCCCAGGGCUUGAUCGUGUCGGCAGUCUUCAUUGCCCUGACCUUCUUAGCUGUGAAACCUUUUCAAUGCAUCGGAAACCCUGAUGGGACGUCCUCCCUCGCAGCCUUCCGGGAUGUCAUUUGCUGGCAGGAUGCCAAUCACUGGGGCAUGGUCGGCCUCUCACUGCUGCCUUUCUUCGGCGGAGUUGUAACCUUCAUGGGCCUCGUGAUCUGGGCUGUCAUUCAAUACCCCAUGAAGGUGGCGAAGCCAGGAGGCGUCAACUUCGUGAAGCGCUGGAAUUUUAUGUUUGCCCGCUUCAGCCCGACGGCUUACUACUUUGCCUUCGUGCUGAACACGCGCAACCUCUUGAUCGGCCUCAUCCCAGUGCUGUUGGUGGAGUUUGCUGAGCUCCAGUUUAUCUUCCUCACGGUGACUGUGGCAGUAUAUACUGUUUUGCAGGCGCGCAUCUGGCCUUGGCGCACGCAGAUGUCAAACUACAUGGACUCGUGCCUCGCGCUUUUCCUGAUCACUGUCAUUGUCGUUGGCAGCAUGCUGCUGGACUUUGAUGUGCAGAGAGGCACAGUGUUCAUUCAGAUCAUUUUGAUGAUUGGCACCGUGCUGGCGUUCAUCGGCUUGGUUAUCCUUUUUGGCACGGCGACAUACCGUGCAUACCGACCUUCGCGAACCUAUGGCAUCUUCCUGAGCCAUCACAAGCUGGGGGCCGCCGUGUUGUCCAGGUGGUGGAAGAUGAUGCUCACCGAGCACAUCAAGGACAAGGUCUUCUUGGACUCAGACGACGUCAACAAGCUGGAUGCGAUCAUCGACGUAACUGCAUGGGACUCCACGAAUGUGGUUGUGCUCAUGACUCAGGAGACCUUGAAGAGGAUGUGGUGCGCUGCAGAAAUUGCGAGCGCAUGGGCGGCGAACACCAAUAUUGUACUGGUGAGUUGCGACGGCAAUGGCUUCUCUGAUGAGCUGAUCGAAUCGCUGCCUUCUCUCUGGACCGAAGAGCAGCAGGCAACGCUUGUCAAUGCUGGUGUCACAAUGAAAAUGAUUGUGGAUUCCUAUGAAGGACUGAAAGUGCGAACGCCCAUCAAGUUGAUUCGCAAGGGUGCCAAGACCAGCGAGCACGAGCAUGCAGUGCAACUUGCAUUGGCCCAGUGCAAAGGCCUCAGCAAGCGGCUGUUCAGCCGGGUAACCAAAACGGCAUCCAAGGAGGAGGAGGCCAGCGCCAUGAUGAUGCUUGGAGACUUGACAACACCAGAGUCGGGGAGCUGUUGCAAGGUGAUCCAGUCCAUGCUCCAGUCCAAGCUGCAGGAGUCCGUGGCUGUCUUGGAUCCGGAGAUUGAGGUUUCAAACUUGGACGUGCUUGCCGAGAAGUACGCGAACGCGAAGGUGAUCCUCGUGAUCCUCACCCAGGGAUUGCUUCAAGACGUCCUCUUUGCAAGCGCAUUAGCAGCUUGCCCUGUGGAGGUCCGCGGGAACUUGGUUCCUAUCAAGGCAGACGAAAAUUUCAUUUACCCCGACCCUACCUUCUGGGAGAAACUGGCUGCAGGGCAAAUCUUCUCGGCUGCCCAGCUCGCCAAAUACCACACUGACUUCGAAGGGGUGAGGGCUGCCUACGCAAGACUCUUUAACGUCCUGGCGCUCAAAUUCACCUCCCACGGAAGUGAAAGCAUUCAGACGACCGAAAUUCAAGUCAUGAACGGGCGCUUGGCCCCCAUGCUGUCAGCCGGCAAAGUCGAGGUGGACUUGAAGAAAUCCCCGACGAAGCAGGCAUCAAUGGAGGUCGAUGAGGCUGAUAAGGUGGAGGAGCCUGUUUCCGACGACUACGGGUACCCAACGAAGGAAGAGAUCAGGGAGGAGGAGCUGUGA